ACAAAUUAGGUAAUUGGCUGACUAACACUAUGCUGACGCGAGUCUUUAGCAAUGAAAGGAAACCAGAGAACCCAGCAAAACAAUACUAGAUUAGGAUAGCAAGUCUACUCUUUAAUAGGUUUGGAGGCAUUGACGGACCUUUUAAAUCUGCCCCCUGACCCCUACCACACAACAAAUUAAAGGACCCAUAUAAUGGUUACAUAAAGUACUGAAUUAGGUUGAUCUUGUGUCUUAUUCCCCUUAGUGAUGGGACAAGCUCAAGAACUUAAAAGGAAGUUCAACACGUACAUUGUAACUGGAUCAAUUAUUGAGGACUUGAGGGAUCCUAGCACAAUUACUGUACAUUGUGAAUGUUAGGGGAAACGUCAACUAUUGGACCCAGUGGUGUAACUAUGUAGGGGUUUUGUUUGAAAAUCUGCAUAGUUGGGAAUCUCUAAAUGGGAGAGGAAUUUGUCGAUGUAAAACGAUGAAAAGUUCGUUUAGAUGCACGCCAGUUUGCACAAGAGAUGACCACAGAUUGCGUUGUAUACCAAAACCUGACAGGCCCCAACUCUUUCAACUGAAAGGUGGGUGUGAUAAAAUCCAGAGAUAUCAUCAAGUUAAUCGAACCUUGGACCAGGAAGUAAUAUCACUAACACGGAUGAGAGGAUUUCACCAUAUUGACAUAAUAUAGUCCGCUGUCGUUUAACUUAUACGGCGGGGGAUUAAUAUCUGGUGUUUAAAACAAGGUGUAGAUCUAUUGAUCAGUAAAUAAUUACAAUGAUCUGUGAUAUUAUAAAAACAUUUCUGUUUGUACUGAUCUUAAGACAGGGCGUUUCAAGCCAGCUGAUGAUAAAAGGAAUUCCCAACAUGGCUAAUCAUGGAGAUGUUUAUCGAUUACGGUGUUCAGACACAACAGUUAGGAGAUUUUGGCGAUUAUGGGGAUUAUGGGGAAAAGCCAAAUUUAAUAGAAAUUUUAAUUAUAAAGUAACGGUAGAUGCAGGUAUUUUCCGGUGUACUGUUGAUAACGACAAUGACGUAUAUGGUUGCGAAUCAUCCUUAACAUCAAUAACUCUGAUCAUCAACAACAUUAACAUCACCAGAGAUAACAACACUCACUGGUCUUGUAGAGGUAUUGAUGAGAAACGCAGUAACAACUACACCAUAUUUGUAAAAACAGUUCCAUUAUCGUGUAAUCUGACAACAAUCAUUACACAUACCAUGAAAAACACGGGUGAUAAUAAAGAAGAUGGUGCUGAUGAGGAGGAUAAUGGUGAUGGUAGUGGUGAUGCUGGCCAUGAUAAUGAUGAUGUUUCUAAUAAACUGGUGUUGAUUGAAGGAGAUGAUCUUAACUUAAAUUGUUCUACCAUUUCUAGGAACCAGACUACUAACAUAUCCUACAAAUGGAAAAUGUUUGGAGACAAUACUCAAACCAUUGAGAUUCAUAACCAGUCGAUAUACUCUAAGCCAAAUAUAACAAGAAGAGAUGCUGGUAUGUAUGUGUGUACUGGAUCAAGCGGGCCAGAUUGUGAUAAGAAUGGUGUUGUCUACAUUCGAGUACAAUAUCCCCUUAGUUUGAAUAUAACUGUGAACUAUACAUCAGAAUCCAUUGAACUUAUUUGUCAAGUCGUGGACGGCUACCCUACUAAUUUUACCAUGAAUAACUGGACACAUUACAUUGAUGGCCAGUUUGUGAGAGAACUAGAGGGGGUUGUAACCGAAGAUAGAGCAGCUCUUGUUUUAAAUAACACCAUAUUAAAUGAAGGAACUUAUGUCUGUAAUGCUAGCAAUGGUAUUAAAGAUUUUAAAGGGACAGUUCACCAAACAGAUAAAACAUACAUCAACAUAGAAGGACCACCGAUGAUACUAGACGUUUCCAAUGCUUCUGAAGCACAGCCUGGAUCAGGUGUUGAAAUUAAUACGACCUUUAUAAUUGGCGGAGAUGUUCUUAACAUCACGUGGUAUCAACAACAACAAAACAGUUCUACUAUAACUGAAAUAUUAGUUGAUACAACAUCUGAACAUGCCAUCAGACCAGUAAAUAUAUAUGGUACUGUAAUAACGAAACACGUUACAAUUAUAUCCGGCAGAGUAACAAUUAGUGAGAUGGUGGAUCUAAAUGUUACUGUAACUGUAUGUAAUGAGUAUGGUUGUACUGAUUUUUACCAACACAUAACAGUCUCACCAAAAAUAGCUUUACCAACAGGAACGCCCGAUCCUGGAAAAGUGAGUGGUAAUAGUCUAGUAUCAUCAAAUGAAGAGUUGCCAGUCAACGUUCCCAUGAUAGCAGGAGGAGUAGUUGGUGCUGUUGUUCUGAUAGGUUUAAUUGUUUUGAUAAUAGUCUUGGUUAGACGAAGAUCUAACAAUAAAAACAAAAGUGCUGGAACUGCCAGACAAAAUCAACCAGACAGCUUCCGGUACAGGAAUCCUACGUAUGACACAAGUCCAGGCCAGCCAACAAAUGACCAGUUUUUAUAUGGUAAUGAUAACUUGGUGAAAAAUCAGCAACAGAUUAGAGACAAUCAGACUAUGGAAAUAAUGGAGAAUGAUCUGUAUAUUAGUGCUGAUGAUGAUCCUACACCAGAUAAAGUUGAUCACAGAGAUAAUAAUCAAAUGGUAAAUUCUGAAUCAACACGGCAAAAUACCCCGAGCAGUAUCGAACAUAAGAAUCCCACGUUUGAGCCAGGCCAAGACGACAUCGACCAGUUAUAUGGCAAUAAACAAGUUAUACAAAAUAAACAACAGAUGAAACGACAACAGAAUAUGGAAAUAAUGGAGAAUGAUCUGUAUAUUAGUGCUGAUGAUGAUCCUACACCAGAUAAAGUUGAUCACAGAGAUAAUAAUCAAAUGGAAAUAAUGGAAAAUGAAUUAUAUAUACCUGCUGAAAUCGACACUCGUGUAUUUUAAGUACAGUGGAUUGACAGACUGAAAGCCGGGGCCUCAACAUUUAGGUGGCCUCUGACCAAGGUGUAGAAUAUUUUGACACUAUCAUAAGCCUUUGUUACACGCAUUGUAGCCUUAAACCUUCGUCAUAGUACUCGUCACGGCUCGACUGUGUUUAAAACACACUUUCAUAUUCCUCCAGCAGUGGUGGGAGUGGGAUUUGGGUGUGGAGGUGGGGUUUAUAAGCUAGACCAUCCCUUCAUCUAAAUCUAAAUAGAUUAUAAUAUAUAGUUGUCUGUAUUACAUGAACUCCCAUUAUAUAUAUUACAAUACAAGAGAAAUGGUUGAUUUCGAGAAUUUGCCAAAUAAUUAAUAAAUGAAAUCAGAUGCUGUAGAAAUAUAAAACUUAUAUAACCUUGUGUAUAACAUUAGUCAUAAAUCAUUUAGUCACAGAUUUUGAUAUAUGAAGUUGCGUGUUGGCCUAGAAGAUAAACUCCUGGCCUGACCACAAGCAGAAUCAAGUAUGUUUUAUUGUCGGAUUUUGCAAUGAUAUACUCCGGUUUAAAAAAAAAGCCGGGAAUUAUCUGAAGUUCGUAUUUUGAGUUUAAAUAAUCAAUCUGAGUAUAUAUUAGCUUGGAUUAAGCGGGGUGUUCUCACUUUCCCAGCAGAUAUUGUUUUCCAGAUAUAAUCAUUGGACCAGUACUAAUUAGGGUAACAAUGGUGUUAAUACUAUAGUCUUUUUCAUAUCAAUAUUAACAACUUUACAUAAAAGUUAUUUUAUUAACAAAUUUAGCAUGUACAUAUAUAUUUUUCAUAUCAAUAUUAACUACUUUACACACAAGUUAUUUUAUUAACAGAUUUAGUAUUGUACAUGUAUAUUCAAAAUCUGACUAAAUGUGAUAUCGAAUUUCCGUAUUCAUAUGAAGUCGUCAAACCAGUUAAUAAUCUUUGUUUUCUUAGGACGUGAAACGCCCCCAUUUACAUAUUGUGAUUUAUAGUUCAUACAUGUCAUAGGAUAGGUUAAAUUGAACUGUUCAUGCAAUAAUUAAAACAGAGUAUAACUCACUAAUCUAUAACUAAUCCGCUUAAUUAGUAGGGUUAAUCUGCUGGGAAAGUGAGAACAAACCGAUUAAGUCGUGGGAUAUGUAGAUAUUAACGUGGAUUAAGUCGUGGGAUAUGUAGAUAUUUUAUAAGAAGCUUUAUUUUUGUUAUAUUUUUAUUAUUGUUGUUUCUAUAAAUAUUUUUACUACUAGAUGAUAUUAUACGCUAUUUAUAACAGACUGAGUUAUUCGACCAUUGUUUUUUUUCCAAAUAACUGGGAAUCAAAAGUAAAAUACUAAUGAGCUGCAGUCAAGAAGUUUUAAUUAUCACUAUAAUUCAUUUAAAAUAGUUUUCCCUCCAAUAUAAUCAUCCUUGUCUGUCAUUGUUUUUCUAAUAUAUAUUUUAUUAGCUUGAUUUUUAUAUUUUUGUUGCAUUAUUAUUAUUAUUAUUAUUUUUAAAAAAAUAUAUGUUAUUAUUACAUGAUAUUAGCUUUAUUUUUAUAUUUUUGUUGCAUUAUUAUUUUUAAAAAAAUUAUUAUUUUAUUAUUACAUUAUUCAAUUGUAAGCUAUUUUAUUUCAAUUGUAAGCUAUUUUAUUUCAAUUGUGGUAUUAUGAACAGCUGUGGGUGUCUAAUUAUCUCAUUUAAUUCUGUCUCAGAUGUUAUUUUUUAUAAAACCAUGCUAUAGAACACUGGGCAUUGCCAAAUACAUGUAGUAACAGCGAUUUUUGAUAUUACCAAUAAUAGUAUAGACAUCGUUCUAUUGAACAUUAAGCACAUCUGCUAUGAAACCAACUACUAGCAAAUAUCAGAAAUUCUGAAACAGUUCAUAUUUUAAACGUGAAUUCGCCUGGGUUUUUAAUUAAUGUGUCUUUUAAUUGUAUUUCUUAAGAUUUAAUUGUUAUUUAUGUGUUCUGUAUAGAGGAGAUCUCACUCAUAUUUCAAGAUCCCUGGGAAAGAACGAUCUAAGUCACUUUUUCAAUGAACCCCAGUUAAUGGCGCCAGCUGGUAGCAGAUUGUAUAAGCUUUCUGUGGAACAAUCAAUUUCAGGAAAAAACGAUCGGAGUCACAUCGAACCAAGGCCCUUCUGAAAUGGCCUCCCGGACAAAUACGUCCAUCGUACCCUUUAUUUGACCUUAAUUUGGCUGAAAAGUGGAACUAAGUUUUUGUACUGGUAAUUAUGAUUCUUAUUAAAUAUCAUUUUGAAGUUGUAAUUAAAGACACUCGUUGUUCUGUUCGCGUCCAGCAUUCUCGUCCAAAACUCUGCUUUGCCUUUUAUGCGAAAAGACAAAAAUGUGACUUAGAUCGUUCUUCCCCUGUUGUACAAGGCUUUAAAGCGCUAUAUGAAUGUCCAUAUAAUUUUAAAAUAAAACUGUAUAAUGUUUGAUAUUUACCUAGUUUGUCAUAUUCUGUAUUAAAAGAAUAUAUAAUAUCAGGUUGGUCCAUGAAUAUAAUGAUAUGUAUUUAUAUUACAAGACCAUAUUAGGCCAAGGACAUGGGACACAAAUUCGUCUUAAUAGUACAAAAUAAUUUCUGAGCUUUUUUUGUCUUGACAUUUGAGACUACAUGUAGCUAAACUAAAAGGCCUGUAAAAUAUAAUAAAAAUGUUG